AUGGCUAAUAAUUACGAGCAUCAAAAUAAUAACGACUACAACUAUCCAUCACAUCCUGGAAAUAAUUAUUAUAUCAGAUCCCAGAGGCCCAAUAGAGGUAGAAGAUCAUCUGGUUAUCCUUUCUUCAAUACAUAUACCGAUUCAAGACAACAAGAGCAACAACAACAAGUUUCCACAACGAGGAAUAACAAUGCACCAUUUGACCGUAGCAGUUCUGCAGCAUCUUCACUGAAAGCAAGUGAUGAUGAAUCUAAUGUUUAUGCUGUCAAUCUACUAUUGAAACCAGUUGAACUGGGUAUCAUUGGAGAAAAUAAUCAAAACCAUCAAGUAUUCAACGGUUUAGGUGCAUUCAAUAAUUAUUUUGGCUUAUUAGCCCCAAAUAAAAGUUUGGGAUAUACAUUACCUGACGUUUGGGAUGGUUACUUUCAUAUAACACUUGCUAAAUUUUCGACUAAUAUUAAACCUCAUCAAUUAGAGAAAAAUUUUAGUAACUUUUUUCCUUCUUUAGAAGGUCUACCAUCUAUUCCUGAUGUUGUCUUUCGAGCAUCUACUAUUAAAAAGAUUUCUGGUGCAAACCGUCCUGUAAAGGUACGUGGUAUUGAUUUCUUGGUACUUCCUAUUUAUUCAAGUGUUAAAACAAAAGAAUUUUAUGUAAGAGUUCAGCCACUACUUGCUAAAAUUCAAAAAAAAACUGGAUCAACCGAUUGGAAUGUAACAUUACUGGAUGAUCUUCAUGUAACUAUACGUAAAUAUUCCAAUAUUCAGUUUGAAUUAAACGAAAUUAAAAUAGCAGAGUUCCCACUCGAAUUUCGAUGCUCUCAUCUCGAAGUUAAACAAUCACGGGAUCGAGCAAUAAAAAGAUUCAAAGUAGCAGAAACAAAUAGUUAUAGAUGGUGGACUGGCGUUACUGAAAUCGAUGGUAAAUGUUCAGGUUGUCAAGAAACAACUAUGUUUUAUGCAUGGGAAGGCUUUUGUCUCUUUUGUCAAAAGUAUGAGUCCAUAAUUCCAAUCUGGUCAACAGAUGGCACACAUAUAAAGAACUGCCAGGAAAUAAAGAAUGACGAAAAUGUGAAACAACCUUGGUUGAACUGA